AUGAUGGAUCCUGAGGAGUUGAAGCAAAUACAAGCAGACAUCCUUGAAUAUCUUUAUGAUACAAACGAGAUUAAAGAUAUGGAUCGCUAUCAAAAGUCCAUCGAUAGAAUUAUGGAGAUCUCACAUAAGAUAGACGAUGAAGUUGAACUAAAGCACAGUAGCCAGCACAAGAACAGAUGA